UCCGGGCGGCGCCCGCAGCAGCAGCAGCAGCAGCAGCAGCAGCAGCAGCAGCAGCAGCAGCAGCAGCAGCCGAGGUGACUUCAGCUGCGGCUGGAGUCGCGCGUGGAGCCUCCGGGGCCCAGGCAGUUGCGGGAGGCCGCGGCCGGGGGAAGCGAGUGCAGGACCCGCAGCUCCCUUAGGCGCCAGGGGCGGGCUGGCGGCGGGUGGACCGCGCGCCGGCGCCAUGCCGCGCUCCUUCCUGGUGGACUCGCUGGUGCUGCGGGAGGCCAGCGACAAGAAGGCGCCCGAGGGCAGCCCGCCACCGCUCUUCCCUUACGCGGUCCCCCCGCCGCACGCGCUGCAUGGCCUCUCGCCCGGCGCCUGCCACGCGCGCAAGGCCGGCUUGCUGUGCGUGUGUCCCCUCUGCGUCACCGCCUCGCAGCUGCACGGGCCCCCCGGGCCGCCGGCGCUGCCGCUACUCAAGGCGUCCUUCCCUCCCUUCGGAUCGCAGUACUGCCACGCGCCCCUGGGCCGCCAGCACUCGGCCGUGUCUCCUGGGGUCGCCCACGGCCCGGCUGCGGCCGCAGCAGCUGCCGCGCUCUACCAGACCUCCUAUCCGCUGCCGGACCCCAGGCAGUUCCACUGCAUCUCCGUGGACAGCGGCUCGAACCAGCUGCCCAGCAGCAAGAGGAUGCGGACGGCGUUCACCAGCACGCAGCUCCUAGAGCUGGAGCGCGAGUUCGCCUCCAACAUGUACCUGUCCCGCCUGCGGCGCAUCGAGAUCGCGACCUAUCUGAACCUGUCCGAGAAGCAGGUGAAGAUCUGGUUUCAGAACCGCCGAGUGAAGCAUAAGAAAGAGGGCAAAGGCAACAUCCACCGCGGCGGCGGCGGCGGCGGCGGCGGGGCUGGGGCGGGGGCCGGCGGGGGCGCAGCGCCAGGCUGCAAGUGUUCCUCGCUCUCCUCGGCCAAGUGCUCAGAGGAUGACGACGAAUCGCCCAUGUCUCCAUCCUCCUCCGGGAAGGAUGACAGAGAUCUCACAGUCACUCCGUAGGUGCGCCCUUCAGAGGACCACUGGCUCCCCGGCCCUUCCCGCACCUCAAAGACUGGUUCCCCAGGCACCCGCCGCCAAUCGAUGGAUUUGGGUAGGGCUUCGCUGUGGUACCCAGCUCGAGACAGAGCUAAGACUUUUUAGCAGAGACUUGAAGACAGUGCCCCUGGCCCGUAGGCUCCAAGGGUGUCUAGGAGGACUCCAAGCGCUGAACCCAAGUUCUCCGGGUCCUCUUCCCAGGACAUAGCCUUCCCCAGAGGCGUGCAGGCCCGAGCCCAGCGCCUUGCUGGCCGACGGCACCUCCUCGCCCAUCCAUUCUGGGCUGGUCCAGGCUUUCUCCCUGCCUCUACCCUCUCCUCCUCGGUCAAGCUGGGCCUUUCACUCCGCGAAUGGCUGUUUGUUUCCCUUUUAACAUUUUUUCCCCCUUGUCCUCAACUGUUUUCCCACAGUGGUCGUUUUUGCAACGCGCUCAUGAACUGAACUUUUCCCUUUCCUUCCCUCCCCCCUCCUCAGGGAGCCUCUUCCUUCAGUCCGUUUGCCCCUUGACCAGGGACAGGUUCGAAGUCCUCUUAGCCGAGAGGAACCUCUCCCGUGGCGUUGUGUUGGGGAAAAUGACUUAGUUUGUUUCCAACACGUUCUGCAUUCCCUCAGAUGAAGACAGAUCCCUCUCCUCCGCCAUAAACGACCUCUCCCCACCCUCCAGGUCCCGACCCCGCUGGGGACUGACUGUGUAAUUGUAUGGUCUCUGUAA